UAUGCUAAUGCUAAUGCUAAUAGACCACUUCUAUACAUAUAUGUUUAUGAUUUUGCCCCCACUCAUAUAGUCUUAUCAACAAUGCCCCGACUUCAUCUAGCAAAUAUCAGCCGUAUAUUUAACCCAACGGCACUCUUGGCUUACCGAAAAACUACAAUAGUUGCCGAUGUGGCACAAAAUCUAUCAUACUUGGAUUCCAUCCAUUCUGAUAUCGACUCCUACUUGAAAAAAACAAUCACAAUCCGUGAACCUUUAUCGGUUUUCGAACCAAUGCACCAUUUGACUUUUGCUACACCAAAAACAACGGCAUCUGCUCUGUGUGUCGCCGCUUGUGAGCUAGUUGGCGGCAACAGAGAAGAUGCUAUUGUGGCUGCGUCAGCAAUUCACUUGAUGCAUGCGGCCAUGUAUGCCCAUGAGCAUCUCUUGAUAAAGGGCCGAGUUGGGCCCAAAGACAUAAUCCCACACCAGUUUGGCCCAAACAUUGAGCUUCUCAUUGGUGAUGGGAUUUUGCCUUUUGGAUUUGAGUUACUUGCUGGGUGUAACUCAGCAAGUAACAAUUCUGAGAAGAUAUUAAGGGUGAUCAUAGAAAUUACCCGUGCUAUGGGCGCCGAAGGAAUGAUCGACGACAAUCAAGAAAUAGACCCGUUGAUUAGACAACCAUCUCGACAACUCCACGGGUGUGGGGCGAAGUGUGGAGCCAUAUUGGGAGGUGGGAACGAUGAAGAGAUCGAACGGUUGAAAAGAUAUGGGGUCUGUAUAGGAAAGAUUCAACGAUUAUUAAGUGAAAUGGAAUGGAAUGAAAGAAUCAAAGUGGAAUCGAUAGAGAAAUUGAAGGUUUUGGCUCUACAAGAGUUGGAAAACUUCGAUAGUAAAAAGGUUGAACAAAUUUCCAGCAUUAUUGGAGUCUAAAAGUCACUUUCUCCAUAUUUUUUAAGGCCUUGUUUGCUUUAUUUAUGUUAUGCACUAAAUCUGUGUUAUUGUUUUUGUUCAGGAACAUGUAUCACAUGAUUGUAAAUGUACAAAUCUGGUAAUAUAUCUAUUAUCGUAAAAGUUAAAACACA